AUGUUCUUUCCCCAAAUACUUAGCAUCUUCUUGCACGCAUCUCUAAGCCUGUCUUCAAAUUGCCCAGCGAAUUUCAAACUUCACAUUGCUCAGGUUUGUUUGGUCCAGCGACCGGGAACAAAAGGGUUUUGUAACGCUGUUCAGAGCUGCGCGGAUUACGGAAAACAACGGAACCAACUGGUCUUUUUGAUUGGUCGAAACGCUCCUCUGCUAGCCUUUAUUGUGCAACCCUUAAAACCUGUGUACACAGGACUUAAUUGUCUGCUGGAAACUCAAGUCGAUAAGGACACCGUUUGGCGCGAUUUGGAUCCACGCAGUCCAGAAUACAGCAUACCAUCAACGAGUAUAAUUUGGAGUGAAAACCAUCCAAGGGGCAAUAGACCUUUUCUCCUGUGGUCUCCCAGGGAAAUUACAAUGCAGGACUUUGCAGAGGAAGAUUAUCCACAGUCUUUGCAAGUUUACUGCGAAUACGGAGGACCGAUUCCAUGUGGGGAUCGACAGAUCAGAUUUCGAAGUGAUUUCCCCCUAACUUUACCGGAGCUGGUUCAGGCAAACUUUCAUUUCGUCGGAUGUCCGUACAUUACGACCACUCACACGAAACUUGAUUGUGCGCGAGGAUGCGCACUCGAUUCUGCCUGUCGAUCAAUCUACUAUGACCACAUCACCGGCAAAUGUGUCCAAAUGAUGCACGCCGAUUCACUACUACCAAAGUUGGUCGGAACAGGCGGAAAUGUCUGGAGCCGUUUCGCAAAAGUCUCCGUGAAUUCCGUCACGAACUAA